CCCCAGCGAGAGUAGCUGCUGUUUCUGAGAGGACGAUUCGUAAACCGGGGUCCGGCGCGGUUAACCAUUCUCCUCCCUUAUGCCCAGUCCUUCAAUGCUCGAGCGACGCCCAGAGCUCGGUCGGUUCUGAGCAGCUUAUCUGGCUUUCUACAGAGGAUCCGUCUGCUGGCCCCAUCGGUGGCUGUCGAAAGUGCCGGCCUCGCGCCGGCGCCGGCAGCAGCCGGGUGGGAAGGCUCAAGAUGGCGUGCCUGUUGGAGACCCCAAUCCGCAUGAGUGUCCUCUCGGAAGUAACAGCUAGCAGUCGCCACUAUGUUGACAGGCUAUUUGACCCUGAUCCCCAGAAAGUUCUCCAAGGUGUCAUAGACAUGAAAAAUGCUGUAAUUGGAAACAAUAAACAGAAAGCCAACCUCAUUGUUUUGGGAGCUGUUCCAAGAUUGUUGUAUUUGCUUCAACAAGAAACCUCAAGCACAGAGCUGAAAACUGAAUGUGCAGUGGUGUUAGGGAGUCUUGCAAUGGGCACAGAAAACAAUGUCAAAUCUCUACUAGACUGCCAUAUUAUCCCUGCCUUACUACAAGGACUACUAUCCCCAGACCUGAAGUUCAUUGAAGCUUGCCUCCGAUGCCUACGGACAAUCUUCACCAGCCCUGUCACUCCAGAGGAGCUAUUGUAUACAGAUGCCACGGUGAUUCCACAUCUCAUGGCGCUGCUGAGCAGGUCCCGCUACACCCAGGAGUAUAUCUGCCAGAUCUUCUCACACUGUUGCAAAGGACCAGAUCAUCAAACAAUUUUGUUUAACCAUGGGGCAGUUCAGAACAUUGCUCACCUACUAACCUCACCCUCUUACAAAGUUCGAAUGCAAGCACUGAAAUGCUUCUCAGUUUUAGCUUUUGAAAAUCCCCAGGUAUCGAUGACCCUGGUAAAUGUUUUGGUUGAUGGGGAAUUGUUACCACAGAUAUUCGUGAAGAUGUUGCAGAGGGAUAAGCCUAUUGAGAUGCAACUCACGUCAGCAAAAUGUUUAACUUAUAUGUGCAGAGCUGGAGCAAUUCGGACAGAUGACAGCUGUAUUGUAUUAAAAACUUUGCCUUGUCUGGUUCGAAUGUGCAGUAAGGAAAGAUUACUAGAGGAGAGAGUUGAAGGAGCUGAGACACUCGCCUAUCUGAUUGAGCCAGAUGUUGAGCUACAGAGAAUCGCUAGCAUAACCGAUCACCUCAUUGCCAUGCUUGCUGACUAUUUCAAGUAUCCCAGCUCAGUGAGUGCCAUCACUGACAUUAAAAGGCUUGAUCACGACUUAAAACAUGCCCAUGAGCUCCGCCAGGCUGCAUUCAAGCUCUAUGCCUCUCUUGGAGCAAACGAUGAAGACAUCCGGAAGAAGAUCAUUGAGACUGAAAAUAUGAUGGACCGGAUUGUGACUGGCUUGUCUGAGUCUAGUGUCAAGGUGCGGUUAGCUGCUGUCAGAUGUUUGCACAGUUUAUCCAGAUCUGUACAGCAGCUUCGAACGAGUUUCCAGGAUCAUGCGGUGUGGAAACCUUUAAUGAAGGUUUUACAGAAUGCACCUGAUGAGAUCCUAGUAGCAGCAUCUUCAAUGUUAUGUAACCUUCUUCUUGAAUUUUCUCCAAGUAAAGAGCCAAUUUUGGAAUCAGGAGCUGUAGAGCUGCUUUGUGGAUUAACACAGAGUGAAAACCCUGCUCUACGAGUGAAUGGGAUUUGGGCUUUAAUGAAUAUGGCAUUUCAGGCUGAACAAAAAAUAAAAGCAGAUAUUUUACGAAGCUUGAGUACUGAACAGCUCUUCCGGUUAUUAUCAGAUUCCGAUUUGAAUGUGCUGAUGAAGACAUUGGGGCUUCUUAGAAAUCUCCUCUCCACUCGACCUCAUAUAGAUAAAAUAAUGAGUACGCAUGGAAAGCAGAUUAUGCAAGCUGUCACUCUGAUCCUGGAAGGGGAGCAUAGCAUUGAAGUUAAAGAGCAGACACUGUGCAUCCUAGCCAACAUAGCAGAUGGGACAACGGCAAAAGAACUUAUCAUGACCAACGAUGACAUCCUACAGAAAAUCAAAUAUUAUAUGGGUCACUCACAUGUCAAACUGCAGCUUGCCGCUAUGUUUUGUAUAUCAAACCUCAUAUGGAAUGAAGAGGAAGGUUCCCAGGAGCGCCAGGAUAAAUUACGAGACAUGGGCAUUGUAGAUAUUCUACACAAACUGAGUCAGUCGCCAGACUCAAACCUUUGUGACAAGGCAAAGACGGCGCUGCAGCAGUACCUGGCAUGACUGGGAGCCCGGGCACCUGCGAGCACCCCCACCUUUGUUUAAGGAAGUGCAGGAGCUAGCCUCAUUUGACUCCUUCUAUUUGCACACGUCACCUUGGACUGCAGGGAGCUGUUUUGCAAAGCAGUUUAGUAGACUUAGAUCUCAAAUUCAUCUUGAGAACAUUUUUUUGAGGUAGUAAUUUCCUCAGAGGAUUGUUGUGUUUUGUUUUGUUUUGUUUCUGAGCUACCUGGACUCUUUAUUAGAACAAUCAAUCAUUUUCCUUUGGACCUACAAUUUUUUGCCUAUGCUGCAGCCACUUUGUGAGCAAGAAUGGUGUGUGUGGGUGUGUGUGUGUCUGUGUGUGUGUCUGAAUGUGUGUGUGCACGUGUGUGUGUGUACAUGAGAGUUUGAAUGGCUGUGUGGGUGAAGGAUACCUCAGAUUUUUCUUUUCUUAUUUUGUGUGAAAAUCUCUUUUCUACAGAUUUUCCAGGGUUUAAGCAUUGCUUGCUGUAUAAAAAAAAAAAAAAAACUUUACUGAAUUAUAUACAGUUUGAAUGAAAUGUUAUUUUAAAAGCAAAACAAUUGUUUUAGUGUUCCAUAAAAGUUAUGUUGAAUUUUGGUCAGAUGAAUAUUUGUAAGUAAAAAAAUAUAUGCAUUUCUGAACCUCAACUUACAUAGAUUUUCUUUAUAAAAACAAACAAAAAAAGAAAAAAAGACAAAGACAAAGUUGGCUACAGUUCGCCUGAAUAACAGGCGCUGUACAUGGUGCUGUGCAGAUAGUAAGCUAGCCUCUUACUGCCGUUAAUAUUAGCAGGUACAGUUUUUUGUUGUUCUUGUUUUGUUUUUUUUUUUCAGCCUAAUUUGAUAAGCUCUCAGGCUUCCAAGUCAGAAGGACAGUGGAAUGGAGAAGUGAGGCAACAGAGCCACUAGGGUCUUUGAAAUGUCAAAGGGAGAUAGAACUACUGAUAGUGGAAGCCUAGGGAGGACCAGGUGGGCUGCCUUUGACAGGUGGGGACCGAGAGCCUCCCAGCUCCCCUAAAUCCUGUCUUUAGUGUAGCAGUAUCUGGCAGGGUUUAGAAACAGACCUGGAGAGCAGGUCACCCCUCCUGAAAACAAGCCAGAUCACUUUGUGCUUCCUGCGGCAGCGGAUUUUACUGUGAGACCAGCUUGUUCUGCAAACAAUCCUAGAAAGAAACAGCAAGAUAGGAGCAGCUUCCUUCUAAUUCCAGAAAGCCUCUUCUUGACCAUCCCAGCGAGGCCACACAGUAGCUGGGGAUGCCUGGUGUGUUGUGCUCUCCUAGAAUGAGAUGGAAGUCUUUUCCUGAAUGAAGCUAAAAUACGAAACGUUGAGGGAAGGGAAGGGAUUCUCCCCGGGAUUACUGAAGAUGACUUCUUACUUUUAUUUUCAUUAUUUUAUUAUUUUUUGGCAUCUGCUCUAACUUCUGGUCCCUUCAAGGUGAACUCAACAGAGGUAGAACCAGUCUUCCUUUCCUUUUAUUAGAAGGAGGCCAGAGCAUGGCAGACUGGUGUGAGGUCUGUGGUCCUAAGCUUGCAGUGCGUGUGUGCAACUGCCGGGGUCCACACCUUCCCAUCAGCCACUCACCUGCAAGCUGCUCUGUCACCAGCCUACACCUUCCUUGGGAGACUUAAAUAUGGUUUAUUGCAAAUGAAUGUUUUUAAAUGUAUUUAAUGCAAUGUUUCCUGUUCUCCAUAUGACCACCCGAGAUGCAAACACAGAGAUUUCCAAGGUUUUUGUUUUGUUUUGUCGUCCCCCCGAACAUCACUGAUUUGAAAGCUGUCACACAGAACUUGGGUUUUGUGCAGGUGUCUAGAGUGCUAAUAUGGGAAAACUAGCUCAAAGGAAACCUAGUUUACUGGAAGGAAGCCUUAUGAGGGCCCGCUCAUUGCUACUUCUGGUGCUGAGACUGUACCCUUGGGUAGCAUUUGUAACAAAUGCUACAGCGUCAGUUUUAGAAAGUACCAGUGCAUACAAAGAAACCAAUAGUACGUUGCUGAGACAAUCUCAAACCCAAAUAGCAUGAAAGGGCUGAAGACGCCUUGAACUCUGUGGAUAAAUCUUGCCUGUGGGUAUAAGCAAUGGUCACAUAAAAAGUGCUUUACUAUAAUUAACUUUUCUGAUUUGAAUGAAGGGAAAUGUAUUUAUUAAAACAAAGCUGUUUGCUGCUUUAUGCAGGUGCAGUGUUUGGUCAGCAAGGAAAUGGGGGAAAUGGGACAUGGUCUUAUGUCUGCACCCAAGUUCUUACUGAAGCUUCUCGCUCUAAUACUGCAUUCUGUUUCUCCUUUGUGCCCUGAUUGUAACCCAAAAUUUAUAAACUAGAAAAGAAUGUCCAAUUUAAUAAGUUGCAUUUUUUUUCCUUAAGCACUUUAUUCAGAACAAUAUGUGUUCUUCUGGUAGUGUUUGGAUAAUAUGAUUUUAACACAUGCUAAUAAAAGCCAAGAAAAAUCCUGGCAACUUCUUAAAAGGAGUCUGUUUUCCAAAUGACUGGAGCAUAAGGAAAUGGUAGAAGGUAAUGCGGACUGGCUUUCAGAGGCUGUGAGGUGGUUUUGCAUUGCAGAAUGGAGAGCAAUACCUCAAGCCAGUUAUGGCUCUCAGAGGCACCUGCAUAGUCCGAGGACUCCUUUCCCUGGCCUGCAAACCCUUUAUGGGUACCCAUCCCAACCUGCUGUGUCGUGUCUUCCCCUUCGCCCAAGCCUCUUACGCCAUUGCCACCACCUACUGAAGUCAGACUGAGUAUGACAAACGAGCAACUGCCGUCCUUCUGCAGGGACACACAGGUGUCCCUCACUUCUGUACUGUGCUGCCUUCUGAGUCUAAACCUGACCACAGCUCCCAGUUCAAGGCCUCACUGGAAAUAGAAGUCCAGGGACACCUGCCCCAGAGCAUGACGACAGAGAAGGAAGACACAAUGAGGUUGGUGUUAAGGAAAGAGAAUUUUGGUGGUGUGAAUCUCUGGGGUACCCAAAGUGACCAUAAGUGGAAAACCAGGUGGCCAGCCCCCCUUUUCAUUACUUCCUUAGGGAAAAUGAGCAAAGCCCGAGAAAGGGGACAUUGCCACUCUAGGUCUUGGUGGAGACCCAGCAGGAGGGGUCCCAACGCCUUCUAAGCGGGGUAGGUCUGUCUUCUCUGACCCCUGAGCAGAGGCUCAUUCAUUUACCCCAUGA